UUCUAAAAAUGAUCGAUCGAUCUUCUUGUGUUUGCUGAUCGAUCGAUCAACACGCUGGAGUUGGAUGGACGCUGAUUGGCUGUUGGACUUCAGUGACAGGCGCCGCGUCCAAUAGCAGGCGUCUUUUCUUUAAGGCUCCGCCUUCUUUCCUCCUUCUCCUGCUCCUGCGUGGGAAAAACAACACGGCGACGCCACUUUGCGGCUUCAAUGUCACGAUGGUGGACACCGGCGGACGUGGACGGUGACAGCGUUCGUCUCCUCGCACUGUGGGCGUGGUCUUCCUCCUCCGGCGCCAUUGUCAUGUGACCACUGAUGCUGCCAUGGCAACAGCCUGCCAUCCCCCGGUGCGUGUCUUUGGAGGUGGGAGGAGCCUAUCCCCAGGUGCAUGUCUUUGGAGCUUUGAAACCAGGGCUGAAGUUGUGGACUGUGAUGAGCAACAUGUCUGCCAAGUCCCGUCCGUCCUGCAGCGUCUGAGUCAUGGGAAAUGUGGAGAGCCAUCCCGGCGAUCAUGCCUUCUUUGGUACAGAGCGUGGCUACUUGUCACGUAAGCACAUGUCCCGGUCUCUCCGCAUCUCCAACAAGCAGUCCAGGCGCUGCCGGCACGCCUCGUCCGGCAAGAUAGAGCACCGGAACUCCGAGACCAGCACGCGCUCCAGCAGCACCCCGAGCAUCCCGCAGUCCCUAGCUGAAAGUGGUCUGGAGCCUUUCAAUGAGACCAACGUGCUGCCGGACUUUGGAAGUCCCAUCUGGGUGGACCGUGUGUCCAUGAACCUGAGGCCCGUGUCUUUCCACCACGACCUGGCCAGUCCCACGCCGCACGCCAACACCAUGCUCAUCACUCUCCCCGGGCCCACGGCCGAGGAGGUGCAGGAUGAGGACUUGUACGCGGGCGAGGUCACGUACCUCCAGGACACCCGGGGCGUCUCCAAGGAGGCGGUCUGCUUCAAGAAGGCGCGAUCCAAGUCGGCGGACACGUGGCGAGACGACAGCCUGGAGUUGUCUCUCUCGGACCUGAGCCAAGAGCACCUGACCAGCACGGAGGAGAUGAUCACUCCGGGCCAUGAGCGGGACCUGACCGACUGUGAAGGCCUCCUACGGUCCGGUCCCGCCGAUGACCGGGCAAACUCCCUGGACGAGCUGUACGACCGGAAGACGCCCGGUCUCAGGCAACCCCACAGCCGCUACGCCAAAGGGGGCGAGGACAAGAUGAUCUCGGAGGAGGAGGGCAACACCUACAGCGCCUACACUCUGCCAUGCCGGCGCUCGCAUUGUUUAUCUGAAGGCCUGAGUGGCCCUCAAGCAACUGCAGGUGCCAGCAUGCAAGGCAGGAGGGCCCGGACCAUCCAGGAUGUGACCGCCGGCGAGGGCAGCGAGUACGAGGACAGCGGCAUCGGCGGGGUGACUGCGGAGGCGGACGAGUCCCGCCGCUACAAGACCAUGUCGGCCUCCUUUUCCGUGUGCUCGGCGGCGGGCGUCAGCAUGUUUGCCGGCAGCGACAGCGGGAGCAGCAAUGGCGGCGGUGUGCAGGGCGUCUACGAGAACUUCCGGCAGGAGCUGGAGAUGAGCUCCUGCCAGACGGAGAGCGCGGAGGAGGCGGCGCUGAGCGACGAGCAGAGCACUGUGAGCUCCGCCUACCAGUCGGACGCCGCGCAGGGCAUGGUGCGCAAGGCGGGAAGGCUCGCCGUCAAGAACUUCCUGGUGCACAAGAAGAACAAGAAGGUGGAGUCGGCCGCCAGACGCAAGUGGAAGAGCUACUGGGUGUCCCUCAAAGGCUGCACUUUGUUCUUCUACGAGACGGACGGCCGCUCCGCCAUCGACAACAGCAGCGUCCCCAAGCACGCCGUGUGGGUGGAGAACAGCAUGGUGCAGGCGGUGCCCGAACACCCCAAGAAGGACUUUGUCUUCUGUCUCAGCAACUCUCUGGGAGACGCCUUCCUGUUCCAGACGUGCAGCCAGACGGAGCUGGAGAACUGGAUCACGGCCGUGCACUCGGCGUGCGCCACCGCCUUGGCCCGCCUGCACCACCGCCAGGACCCGGUGCGCCUGCUGAGGGCCGAGACCAAGAAGCUGGAGCAGAAGAUGGACAUGGACGAGAAGAUGAAGAAGAUGGGCCACAUGCAGCUGGCGGCCGUCACCGACGCCAAGAAGAGGAAGACCAUCCUGGAUCAGAUCUUCCUGUGGGAGCAGAACCUGGAGCAGUUCCACAUGGACCUGUUCCGCUGCCGCUGCUACCUGGCCAGCCUGCAGGGCGGCGAGCUUCCCAACCCCAAACGCCUCCUAGCCUUCGCCUCGCGCCCCACCAAGCUGGCCAUGGGGCGGCUGGGCAUCUUCUCCGUGUCUUCCUUCCACGCGCUGGUGGCGGCGCGCACGGAGACGAGCGUGAGGCGGCGAGCGCACGCCAUGUCCCGCUCCAGCAGCAAGCGCAAGAGCCGCUUCUCCUCGCUGUGGGGUCUGGACACCACGUCCAAAAAGAAGACUAAAGCGCACCCCAGCAUCAAGCAGGUGUUUGCCGACGGAGAGGAGCUGGUGAGGACCCUCGCAGACGGAGCAUUUGCUGACUCGGCAAAGGAGUUUCAGACCAGCGAGGAGGACUCUGGCAAGACCGUUCCACGGCCCAGCACAGAAAGUGACAUCUGGCUCCCCGACCACCUCACGCCCUCCUGGGUGUGUCUGCCCAACGAGCAGCCGGUGCUGACCAUCAUCCAGCCGGGGGAGUCGGCGCUCUGCGUGCUGGAGAGCAUCUGCAAGGCCCACCAGCUGGAUCCUACCAAACACUACUUGCGGCUCAAAUUCUUUAUCGAAGGCCAAGUCCAGUUCUACAUCCCCAAACCUGAGGAGGACGUCUGUGACCUGCUCUACAAAGAAGUGGAGCUGUGCUCCAAGAUAACAAAAGUGGUGCAGUUUGACCGAGACGAGUCGUGCAUGAUUGGUUACGGUUUCUCCAUCUCGGUGGUGGAGGAGGACCGAGUGCAGCAGCUUUACAUCACAGACGUGCGGGCGGGAGGUCUGGCCUUUGCCAAAGGUCUGAACGCGGGCGAUGAGAUCCUGGAGCUGAACGGGAAGGAGGCCCACAGUCUCAACUUCUCCGACAUGAAGGCGGCGUUCUCCCGCUCCUCCCUGGCGCUGAGCGUCAACACGCUGCCUCCCUUGGAGCGCCGCCAGCUCUGCUUCCUGCCGCCACGGCGCUCAGACGUGGAGGAGGACCUCUACACGGACAUCUUCUCCCAGAGUCAAGAAGAGAUCCUGGACGAUGGUGUCGGGCUGCUGCUGGAGACUUCCGGGGACAGUUUGGACGACGACUCUGAGAUCUUGGGUCAGUUUGACGCGUGCAGAAAGAACACGGAGCAGGUGGCCGCUUUCUGCCGCAGCCUGCAUGACAUGAAUCCCCCGGAGAGCGUGUCCUCCUCCUCGCCCAGCCCGGACUCGCCCCUCCCGCCGCCCGUCGCCGCCCUGCGCCAGCUCUCGGACGCCGACAAGCUCCGCAAAGUCAUCAGCGAGCUGGUGGAGACGGAGCGCACCUACGUCAAAGACCUCAACUGCCUGAUUGGGAGAUAUUUGAGUCCGCUGCAGAAAGAGACCUUUCUCACUCAGGAUGAGCUGGAUGUUCUCUUUGGGAAUCUGCCAGAAAUGGUGGAGUUCCAGGUGGAGUUCCUCAAGACCCUGGAGGACGGCACCAGACUGGUUCCAGAUGUGGAGAAGCUGGAGAGAGUGGAGCAGUUUAAGAAAAUCCUUUUCUCCCUGGGAGGAUCCUUCCUGUACUACGCAGACCGCUUCAAGAUCUACAGCGCUUUCUGCGCCAGCCACACCAAAGUCCCCAAGGUCCUGGUUAAAGCCAAGAGCGAUGGCGACUUCAAGGCCUUCCUGGACGAGCGCAACCCCAAGCAGCAGCACUCGUCCACACUGGAGUCCUACCUGAUCAAGCCCAUCCAGCGGGUGCUGAAGUAUCCUCUCCUGCUCAAGGAACUGUACUCGCUCACUGACCCGGACAGCGAGGAGCAUUACCACCUGGAUGUCGCCAUGAAGGCCAUGAACAAGGUGGCCAGCCACAUCAACGAGAUGCAGAAGAUCCACGAGGAGUUUGGCGCCGUGUUCGACCAGCUCAUCACCGAGCAGAGCACGGACAAGAAGGAGGUGGCGGACCUGUCCAUGGGAGACCUGCUGCUGCACACCUGCGUGUCCUGGAUCAACCCACCUGCUUCCUUGGGGAAGUGGAAGAAAGAACCCCCGGUGGCCACUUUUGUCUUCAAGACAGCGGUGGUGUUUGUGUGCAAGGACGGCUCUAAACAGAAAAAGAAGAUAGGUGGCUCUCAUCGAGUGUCGAUGUCUUCCGAAGAAAAAGACGCCUUCCGAUAUCGUCACAUGAUCCCCACACACGCCCUGCAAGUGCGCGCGCUAGCUAACGCAGAUGGCGAAGGAACGUCCGUAUGCGAGAUCGUCCACACCAAGUCUGAAUCUGAGGGAAGGCCAGAAAGAACAUUCCAGCUGUGUUGUAGCUCGGCAGAGAGCCGCAAGGACCUGCUGAAGACGGUGCACUCCAUCCUGCGAGAGAAGCACCGCCGGCAGCUGCUGAAGACGGAGAGUCUGCCCCUCAGCCAGCAGUACGUGCCCUUCGGAGGGAAGCGUCUGUGUGCUCUGAAGGGCGCUCGGCCCGUCAUCAACCGUGCAGCGUCGGCACCAACCAGGACGUUAGGACGCAGGAAGCUGGUGCGGAACCGCUUCACCAUCGACACCGACAUGGUUUUCGACGGCGAGCCCGAGCGGGACUCGGCCUCGCCUCAAGACGGCGACCGAGCGCGGCAGACGUCAGAGGAGUCGGGCGACACGGACCGCUGGGUGGAGGAGCAGUUUGACCUGAAAGAGUACGAAGACCCCGACAAGGAGACGGACAUCCUGAGCGACGAGGACGAGGAGCUAGCACGACGCUCGCGGGCGCCCGCCAGGACCGACCUGGAGGCUUCGCUGGCGCCGCUGUCCCUGGAGGGAAGCCAGGCAGCGGCCAUGAUGGACCAGGACACGGGCGUGUGGGUGCGGCGGGAGCAUCCGGCAUGAAGCGCAUCUUCUUGGCAACGAGCCAUGAAACAUCACGUACAACUAAUAAUCGUACAAUCCCUUUCAUCGGCAUGUUUGCACGCUAGGGCGGCGCUCUCAGGCCACGCCUCUCUUGCCAAAUGUUCGCCAUUUGAUUCCUUCUCGGCCUAGCCGAUAAAUCCAUUUUAUCGAUUCAUUUCAGUUGAAAAAUCCAUGUUUUUUUCUUUUCUUUCGACAGAGUCACACACACGGCUGACGCUAACACAAACGAGACGUUUGCUCCAAAGAAAAGAAAAGUGUUGUCUGUGGUUUGGUUUUGCUGCAGCAGGCGUGGAACAAAUGCUGCAAAGUUUGUCUGACCCCAAGCAGAAUUGUAACUCUUUAUAAAAGGCCACCACUCCAACAGUAAAAAAGUCCUUUUUAUUUACACAAAAUGAACAAAACUCUUUUUUUUAUCUACACAUUAAAACUAUACAAAACUGUAUUUUCAUUUACACCAAUUUUUCAUUUGAAAAUUUUGUCACACAUAGGGAGCUCUUUAAUAACUAUUUGAUUUAUUAAUUUGAGCAAAAGCAUCUCAGUAAAUAUGCCAGGAUUAUCAACACUAGCUACAAUUCAUCUGUUUACUUAUCUCAAAUCAUUUUACACUCUCUAUUUAAUUAAUACUUGAUUUAUUUAUUUGAGCAGAAGCAUCUCUGUAAAUAUGCCAGUAUUAUCAACACUGGCUACAAUUCAUCUGUUUACUUAUCUCAAAUCAUUUUCAAUCAUUUUUCACAACGUUUACUUUUUUAAACAAUUUUACACAAUGUUAAAAUUAUAUCUCUUCUGAAAAGAGCCCACUUUGUUCAUUUUAAUGUUGCUAAGUAUGCAGUUUUUGAUGAAAUAAAAGUGAAACUAGUAUGAAUGAUGUCAUUUGUAUGAACUGGUUUCUUUAAAAAAUAAGGGAAUAAAUAAAAAAGUAUAUAUUUUUAGGCUGUAAAUAAUAGCAAGUUCUUGUCUGGCGUAGUUGACUCAAAUAUUUACUUUAUUAGCCCACUUUUGUUGCGUUCCUGAGCGUAUUUAUGGUAACACUUUGUGUCAACGGUUUGGGAAUCAAACAUAAUCCUGUCGGACUUGAAUAUUCUUUAAUGUUUCUCAGCCUUCCAUCCUUAUAGUUAACUUUCUCGUGAGCGCCGCUGUCGAGGAUUUGCACAUGAGCUGUUAAAAAGUGUCAAAUGGUCUUCACGUUUUUUUUUUGUUUUUUUCAUAUUUAUUGAUUUGUAAAUGUUUUUGUUAGCAAGAGUAAUUGAUUUUUUUUUAUUUUAUAGACGCUCCAAAUGUGGUGAAGCAAUCACAGACGUGCAGUUUGUAGUCCAAAUGUGCUUUGGUUUUCUAUUAUUACUGAAGUGUACAUACCACACUUAUUGAUAGCAUAAUAAAGACACUUGUUUCC